AUGGCAUCCGGUACCCCGACCGGAUUCCUCGAUAACUUGCUGGAAGUUGUGACGUCAACAGUCGUAUCCUCGACAGCCACAUCACUAGUGAGAGUUGUUGGGUCGCUCCUGUACGAUCCAGACCGGAUCAUCAUCGUCAUGGAGGACGACACUAAGGCAGUCAUCCAAGCAGCAGCCAACAGCAACACUGGCGUGUGGACGGAAGCGCAGCGACUCGAGAACGUCGAGAACAUUGUCAAUGCCCUGCAACAACACGCGCGAGAUAGUCAAGAACCAGUGGUCCAGUUGCUGUCUCUCUUGGGCGUCGAAUUCCAGAGCCACUGGAUCAGCAACACGCUCGAAGUCCUACGCGCGCCAGUCGAUCAACUCGAAGGUAUUCUUGCGCUCGUGGGGGUAAAGGAGCUCAUCUACGACAUGAUCGUCGAGACUGCUUCGCCUCACCUGAUUGCCGAAAGUUCUCGCGGCAGCACUAACGCUACCGCAUGGGGUGCUACGAAAAUCGACGCCACAAGCGUCUGGGCGACCAACAACACGGGCGAAGGGAUAGUUGUCGGCACGAUCGAUUCGGGCGUGCGGCAUACCCACGAGACGCUGCAGAGCAAUUGGAUCGGAGCUUACGGGUGGUACGACCCCGCAGCAAAGACCGCGACUCCAUCUGAUGACAGCGGACAUGGCACCCACACGACCGCAACGAUCGUCGGAAGUGCGGGCGUGGGGGUGGCCCCGGGCGCCAAGUGGAUGACCUGCAAGGGCUGUCAAGCUGACUCGUGUCCGUUGACACUGUUGUUGGCCUGUGCGCAGUUUAUGCUGUGCCCGAGCGACACGGACGGCCAGAACUGCGACCCUACAAAGGCCCCACACAUUGUGAACAACAGUUGGGGCGUCGGCCAAGGACUGUCGUACUUCCAGCCGAGUCUCGACGCGUGGGCGGCUGCCCGCAUCCUCUCGGUCUUUGCAGCAGGCAACACGGGGGCCACUGGCUGCCGCUCGGUCGUGUCCCCCGGGGAUAUGGCCGACACGUUCUCGGUCGGAGCUACCGAUGCGAGCGACGCCAUCGGCUGGUUCAGCAGUCUCGGGCCCUCUGUCCAUGGACGAGUGAAGCCCGACUUCACUGCGCCUGGCGUACGGAUCCGCUCGGCAUGGAACGGCUCCGACUCGGACUAUCUGCUCAUGUCAGGGUCGAGUAUGGCCGCGCCGCACGUGUCGGGUACAAUUGCACUGGCGCUGAGUGCUCGCCCGGGACUAAACUUUGACAGCAUCCGGACGAUCCUAAUCAACACGACGGACCGGGCGCUGCCCAAAGCGAAGCGGAUAUGCGGUGGCACCGCCGACACGACCUUCCCGAACAAUCAGUACGGCUACGGCCGCAUCAAUGCCCAGAAGGUUGUGAAAGCGGCGCUUGCAUACUGA